GUGAGUUCGCCACUGGCACUUAAUAGCCAUUUUUGUAUUAUUGUUGCUGCAAGUGGAUUGCUUUUAUUAUUUUUUUCCCUCCCGUCUCGCACAAGAUAUCAAACCUUAGGACAAAAUGGCACAAAAAUCUGAAACAAAAGUAGAUACCACUUCGGAUAACCCCGCUAAGGAUCUGAAAGAAAAGAAAGUGGCUGAAGAAAAGGAGAAUGGGAAGGAGAAGGCUGCAAACGGAAAUACAGAGAACGAGGAAAAUGGGGAACCUGAGAAUGAAGUGGAAGACGACGAAGAGGAUGACGUGGCAGAUGACGACGAUGAGGAAGAUGAUGUAGAAGGGGAUGAAGAUGACGAGGAUGACGACGUCGAUGGGGGAGCUGGGAAGAGAGCAGCUGAGGAUGAUGACGAUGAUGAUGAGGAGGAUGCUGGAACAAAGAGGCAGAAAACGGAUUAGAAGCUCUUUUCCUGGCUGAAAUCUUUCUAAACCCUCCCCUCUCACACCUGUCUGUUGGGGUGUCUGGGGGAGUGGUGGAGAAAAAGAAAUGUGGUCGUCAUCAAGUAGAGUCCCAGCAUCAGUGCGCACACACACCCAACUGCAAAUUUUUUAGAAUCAACCAAGACUUCAAGGCUCUACCUUCUUAAUGAAAUACUUUAAAAAGGAUAAUUUGUUUGUAUUUUUAUUUACAUUUUAUAUUUUUGUACAUAUUGUUAGGAGGUCAGCCAUUUUUGACAGUGAUCUCUGGUGACCAAACGGUGCUUUGAAGUUGAUGCUUCUCUAUAAAAUAGACUUUACUUGUGGUUUGACCAUGUCAUGUUAUCUCAACAGAAAUCUUGUAAAAAAAUUACGAAAAAAAAAUCAAAACCGAUUAAAUUCAGAGCAUUCCAGUAACUUUGUGUAUGUACUUUAGUUGUACCAUAAGUAGUUGGUUUGUAUGAGAUGACAAGGCCAAAGAAAAGGAUUUCUUUUUUUCUUUUUCUUUUUUUUUUUUUUUUUGUCCAUGAAAUUGCUGUUUAUUGUGGCCUGUUUGAUGUAUGUGUGAAGUUUGUUGUACGACAAUAAACCGGAAUUUUAUUUUGUGAGUUCUUAAA